AUGGGAUUAACAAAUAUUGCAAAAGUAUCGAAUCUGGUCGGUGCCGAAAGCUACAUGGAUGUGACGAGCCACAUCCAAGCCAUCCAACAGAACUGGUUCAUUCAAGCCGCCUCUGAGGAUGAGGAUAUUCUCCCGCCUUCACUACUUGCUGGAGUACCAUUCAAUUGCUUACCAGCAGGAAUUGUGGAAGCUGUCCAUCAGCUUUCUACAUUAACGAUCGGGCAACGAGACCGUGCGCACAACCUGGUAAACACUUACUUCCAGGCGCGCAUCCGUGAGGGGUCGUAUAACGGUAAAAGCCAAAAUAUUUUCGCUAUGCUGGAGAUUGGAGAUGUGGAAAAGGCAUGUGAGAGCUUGAGGAAGAUGAGCCGAGGUCGCGAGAUGCAAGGUCCUGUUCUGGUCAAAGAAGAUGAACCAAGGAAGAGGAAAUACUCAAUCAGACACGAGCUAAACGCUACCAACAGGGACGACCAUGAAGACGGAGAAAAUCUAGCGAAACGUCUAAAAGAAGAGCUCAAUAUCAUCCCAGAAGACGAUAGGGAGCCUAACACACCACUUUCCAUCAAUCUUCCUGGUAUGCUCACGCCCCCAGACUCAGAAAACACGAUAACCCUCCCAUCAAUUCCGACAACUCUUCGAACCCAACGCCGCGUUCGUCUUCCUCCAAUUCGUACCACAGAAAUCAACACUCCCAUGAGCACUUCCCCCCAAAACAUCCCUCCAUGCUCCUCCUUUACGCCGCUCUUCAACAGUUUGAAACACGAAUUUGGUGACCCAGAUACUCCAUGUCCGACUCGGCCGAGUACAUACCCGCAGUUUGAAAACAGCAAUAUCUGGGACAGUUUCAUGGGUGGAAGGUAUGAAGCGCCUACAGUAGAUCCUCGUAUACAGGCAGCGCAAAGGGCGACGCAUCAGUUCAAUGCGCGGAGGAUACAAGUAAUAGAAGCACAGAGGGCGUUUGAAGAAGCAAGGAGACGGUUUAGUGAGGCGAAGAGGAGGAUGGAUGGGGCGAGAAGGAAUUGUGGGUGGCGGUGA